CUUUUAUGUAAUUGUAACCUAAUAACAGCAACGUGACGAUGAACCACCACCGAGUUGCGUUAGAAAAACGCCAUAUAUCUUUUAUGUAACCUAAUAUAUAUAUCUUAAACAACAGGCUUGGAUUAUUGUCUCUCGAAAACCUAAAAUCGCUCUUUCUCUUUUCUUGUCAUCUUCUCCAUGGCUGAGUCUAGCAAGUUAUCCGCAACCACAGUUGAAGCAGCUCCUGCUAUGAUUAAGGCCAAAGACGUGAUUUCUCCUUCCGAGAAGGAAGAAUCUGAUCAGACGGAGAUCACGAAAGUAUCCGUCUUGAAAAACCUUGAUGAGAAGGAGAUGAUCAAAGAAUUCGCUGAUCGUCUUCAGCGUCUCGAAGCAAAGGUGGAUUUGUUGGUAACAAAGGCGGAUUUGUUGGCAAUAAAGGCGGAUAUACAGGAGCUUCUCAUCUCAGCCAAGGGUGAGAAAGUUCCUGCCAUGAAGACUUCUGCUAAGGCUUCUUCUGAGAGCGAUGACUCAUACAUGGACACUUCUUCGGAGGAUGAAUCGUCUUCUGCUGAGGAACCUGUAAACAAACCUGCUGCAAGUGCCGCCAAGCCAGCUACUAAAGAUUCUUUAUUCUCUGCUGGUUUCAAGCCAGCUGCUAAAGAUUCUUUAUUCUCUGCUGGUUUCAAGCCAGAUUCUUUAUUCUCUGCUGGUUUCGAGCCAGCUGCUAAAGAUUCUUUAUUCUCUGCUGGUUUCAAGCCAGGUUCUUUAUUCUCUGCUGGUUUCGAGCCAGCUGCUAAAGAUUCUUUAUUCUCUGCUGGUUUCAAGCCAGAUUCUUUAUUCUCUGUUGGUGUCAAGCCAGCUGCUAAAGAUUCUUUAUUUUCUGUUGGUGUCAAUGGUCGAUCGUUCUCUGUUACGGGAUUUGACGCUUCCCUUCCUGUGGAUGAUAUAAAGAGCGCAUUGAGUAAAUAUUUCAGUUCUUUUGGGGAGAUCACACGCGUAUUUGUUCCCCCAAGCCACGGAACCGGUGGUUCCUUAGGAUAUGCUUACAUUGAUCUGAAAGAAGGAGCAGAGAAGGCGUUGGAACUUGGUAGACAUGACGUGGGAGGAUGGGAUCUUGUAGUUGGUAAGGCUGAACCGAUUCGCAGUGGAAGUACUUGGCCUUUUCCUGGCCGUUGUGGUAAUCAGGGCCGUUGUACCUUCUGUUGAAGGCUUGAACCUUUGGUAGUGCAUGAAGGAAGAGACUGCUCGUGGAACUAGAUCACCUAGUUUUACUCCCUAAAGUAAGAAGACUACCUAGAAGAAGAGGAACGUUUUAAAUUUGUAUUACUUGGGAGUUUUUUCUUAUGUUCUAGUUAAGUUUUUGACCCAAUGUUAAUGUUAACUCAAUUUUGAGUUCUUUUGGUUUUAAAUAAGAUGAAAAAAAUUCUUGAAGU